AUGAGUCCAAGCAAACGCAGUUCACUCGGCGAUCAGCCCGAGUCCCGCCCGACCAUAGCUGUCACGGACAUGGACACUGUGCACGAGGAAAAUGAUAACGACAGCGACGAGUCAUCAUACUCCGACGUGGCAAGACUCAGGGAACGAACGCAUGCCGUACUAAGUCCAGUUCUCGAGCCGCUGGUUCAAAGCUCACAUUCGCAGCCCAACAGCCGUAGGAUGUCCAGCGACGUAGAUAUUAAAUCUAAUCUCAACACGAGGCGUCCGUCCGCCAUUAUAGCAGCGUUUCGGCGACCGUCGCAAGCGCUUGCAUUAUGCGCGGCCACGCAACGCAGGUUCCUGUCGGAAUUAUCGCCACAGUCCCGAAAUUCGAUGGCAUCCACACAUGACCAACCUCCAUCUGCCGCUGAGAUCCUGGGACACGAAGCAUUGAGCAAGGCAUUAUCCGCCCUCUACGCGAAGCUGCUAGUGGUGUUGGGGUUAGCAUUUCCUGUAACGGAAGUCAUCGCGAACGGCGUCCCAGAUGCCUACUACCAGGGAUUCUAUUUGUACUUGUACUUAGUAUCGCUACUCUUCGUGAUAUUCCAAUAUGUGAAUCUGAUGCGUCAGAAAGCGGUCACGAUGAUCAUCCACGACCACGGUGUAAUUGAAAAAGAUGAGAGGAACGACAAAACUAGCCCAAACGAUAAAGCCAAACAAAAAGAAGUGAUCACUCGAUAUGGAAGUUUUUAUUUAAGAUUGGGAGCUAUCGCAUUUGGCAUCGGAUCUAUGGUAUACAGCGGUUUGGAAUUGGGAGAAUACUUCGAGCUCAAACACCGCUGUCGCUCCGUCUUAUCCGCAAUGAUACCAGCACUCCGCAUGGCUCUUACCCUAGCCCAGAUGCAGUUCAUCUUCUUCACAAACAAAGACAUCGAAUCCGGUGGCAACAAACUGAUUCAACGGUUCGGCUUCAUGCACAUGAUCGCGGCGAACCUCUGCGAGUGGCUUUACGUAUUGGUCGAGGAAACCAAACACGAGAUCCAUCAUCUGGAACAUUCGAUGCUCUCUCAAUCAAAUAAUACAAAUAAUGUAACAAGUGACAUUCCGUGCCGGAGAUCCAAUAUUAUGGGUGCGCUGGUACAAAACGCCUCGCCAUUCCUAUUUCCGUGCACAAUUGAAUAUUCUCUCAUAUGUGCUGUUAUUUUAUAUGAAAUGUGGAAGGAGAUCAAAAGUACUCCAGAAGACUUCGAAAAGAAAAUCAACUACGGAAAGAAGUCACGAAACAAUUCAGUUACACCCGAAAAGAUAUUACAACAGUUUGCUGGAAUGCUAGGAGUUAGUUCGCCUCAUGGAAGUAGGAAUGCCCUACAUCAUUUCUCGGUCGACUGCUCCCACGCGCAUAGAGGACUGUUCGCUGGCAUUCUUGUUAUCGUGCUGACGAUCAUAUCCUUAAUUAUGUUCUUUGUUUUGGCGCAUAAUAGUAAUACAGUAAAUGACGCCAUCUUUGAAGUAAACAUUUGCGAAUUGAUUUUGUAUACACUAUCUAUUAUGGCUACUGUGGUAGCAUUAUUGCAAAUGAGAGCUUUGCCGUAUAAAAGAAAAUCUCAAGCUGUACUUGGUUUGGACACAUCUCUUCUAAUUUUGGCGCAAUCUGGAAUGUUCGUGUACUGUAUGUUCAGUCUGAUAGGCUGUCAUCACACCUUGAACAAAGAAAACAGUUCUGGGCUCACGGGAUUUUUCUCCGAGUUCUUAUCUUUGAAUCAGACCACGCUACAAUCUCUGUUCAUAAUAGACGCAUGGUGGCGCAGAAGCAGUACAUCGGAACAACGAAGGAAUAAGCCGGGAAGGCAGCUGGUCACGUUCCUUCUUGUAGCCAACAUGGCUAUGUGGGCUAUUAAUACCCUUGAGAAGAAUCGAGCCGAGUUCAGACCAGCCCAUUUGGAUUUCUAUGGACCCUGGGCUUGGACCAUAAUCACCCACGUGUCUAUGCCACUAGCGAUAUUCUACAGAUUUCACUCAACCAUAUGCCUCUUCGAGAUUUGGAAGAAUAGUUUUAAAACAAAACCGAUUUAUUUGAACGUUUGA